GGUGGAGGUUCACUUCUCCGCCGGGAACAUGACCGUGUUGGAUGAACCGGACACGCUCAACUUGGAAGCGACCUUUCUUAUUCAUCAAGGCGCCAGUCAUCUGCAAGGACGUGCGGCGGAAGAACGCCGUAACAGGGAUCGCCAAGCUGUCCGCUGGGGAGAUGGAGUGCCACAAUCGACCCUGGUCAAAUCGAACCCUCGCACGAGAAGUACCUCUACGUUCGACUGCGAAGUCUCCUUCUACGCAAGAACAAUCCCGCCGAUCAGCACCGUUACGCCAAUCUGGUGCCCAACGAAGACACGCGUCGUCAUAAAGAGGGAGGGCGUCUCAGCAAAGGCGUGUCCCCUACCGGAUGAUACCUCUCAUCGACACGUGAUGGAAGUCUUCAACGCCAGCUGGACCCACAAGCAUCCCCACUUAGGAGUUGAACCUCGAAUGUGAUCUUCGAUGAUUUCCUACCGAAGGACAACGGCGCGUACUCCUGACCAAGCGACCGUCAAAGUAAUUUGGUAAGUGGACUUCAUCGCAAACUCUCGACAAGUUCAUCAACGCUCUUUCAACAGCUCUAACCGCCGCCGAUGAGUGUCCAGACCUGAACGCGUGUGUCAAAGAGUCCAUCUGGUGCGAUGGGAUCGCGCAGUGUCCGUCUGGCGAGGACGAUUCGUUUACAGUGCGUUCAACACUGCUGCAGCUGCCGACCGAUUUACUGGCUUCAACGUGCCGCUUCUGCUGCUGUGCUGCAACUGACCGCAUACCUGUACUCGGUGAGUUGCUGCACUGGUUGUUUGUGGAAAUACUAUUUUUCAAAUCUUCUUUCUUUUCUACUUUCUCUCUCCCGCUUUCUCCGAUUGCAGCGAAAUCCGUCGCAACUGCCGCCGGACGUCGCCGGACUACAGACACAGCUCAGGUCGCUCAGCUUGAUGGACAUGGCAGUGUUUGACGAGAAUGAAGUGAUUUGCUGACUAAGGGACAAAGGGCAAAGGAACCACGCGCUGAACAGAAUUGUCCCCCCACCGAGUACUCUUCAAGCUCCUUCCGGUCCCUGCUCUGACACUUCCCGCAAAUUUGCGCUCUUUAAAUGAAAACGUGUGAUCUAGGUGGAAAAAAAGAUUUAGCUGAUCUCGUGAAGAAACGGAUGCUCGACGUUAGUUGUCUCUUAGUACUGUUAAACGAAGCAUGAAUUAAUUCGUUUUAAGAGGGGACUUGAUUGAGCUCGUGAUAAUUCAGGUCCGGUUGAUGACAAGGAAGCAAAUCAAUAAUAAUAUAAGAAGGA